AGUUGACAGGAUCCUGUCCGGAUUCUGUAAGUCCAUAGAUUGAGUCAGUAGGUUUGUCAGUCAGGGGGAGUAGAGUCUAAGUGGUAAGGAGUGGAACCGAUUGUCUGGUUGUGCACCAAUCACUAUGGUUGACACCCGUAGUGGGAAGAGUACUGCCCCCUCCGAGGCCGAGCAGGCCCGGAUUGCCGCCCUGUUGAGAGAGAAGAAAGAGAAGAAGGAGCUCCUGAAACAGGUGAAGCUAAAGGCUAUCGCGGAGGAGCAGGCGGCGAAGAAGAAAAGAUUGAAGGAGGAGAUGUUGCGAUUUCAGAAGGAGAAGAUGAUGCUGUUAGAGCGAGAGGAAGAAGAGAGCAAAAAGGCUGCAGAAGAAGAAGCAGCAACAGAGGAGGAGGAAGAAGAAGAAGAGCCCCUUGAAAGAAGGCGUGGAGAAGAGAGAGGGGAGACAAGUGGCACAAAGGGAGAGGACGCGUGGAUGGAGAAGAAGAUAACUGAAUGGGUGGCUAAUUUAUCGUUAGGGGAGGAUGUGGAGGCACAAUUAUAUGUGCCGCAAGAGGAGAAAAAAACGUUUGCCAGGGAAUUGGAAACGAUAGAAGAUCCCCUGGAACGCCAAAUGACAGAGGACGAGAAAAAGUUGGAGUGGAAACUAAGAAUGAUGAGGGAGAAGAAGAGGAGGAGAGAGGAGGUCAACAGGGUGGCGAAAGAAGUGGAGAAGGUUCAAGCCUGUAGAGAAGAGGUGAGGACACAAGCGGAGGUCCCCGCCAAACUAGAUAAGAUCCAGGGGUACCUAGAAAUUUUGAGCAAGGCCUGGGUAGAAGAACAUCAGGCCGUCAAGGGUCAAGAUGUGACCCUGCACGCCAUCCGAUCUGGGUUUAGAGAGUUCGCGCGCGACGUGGUGACCCACGUCGGGACUGAAGUAAAAAAACUAAAGGAAGGCGCAAAAAAGUUCUGCGCUGGCGCCAUUGAGGGCGCCAAAGUUCUGGCUGUGGCCGAAGCCGAAGCAUGUCCCCACAAAGAGCCAGUAAAGCUCAAAUUUCCUGACGCAUAUGGCGGGAAGGAGGAAAAUUUUGAUAAUUGGGAGGCUAGUGUAAACAGUUAUGUGUACUUACAACACAUCUUGUCUGAGGAACAAGUCCUCGCAGCCUUCCAGGCCUUGAAAGAUGAAGCAGCCAGUUUUGCCAGGCCCCUUGCGCGCGCAGCCGGUUGUGAAAACAACAUGGUUGCAUACUCUAAGACCACCUCACUUCCCCAGUUCCUCAAACUCUUGAGGGAGCGAUUUGAUGAUCCCACGAGAGGCGUUAGAGCCUCUGAUAAGCUACAAACCAUCCACUCGCGACAGUGGAGGAGUGCAAAAGCACUCAAAGGUGUCAUGGACGACUUGGUAGCCGUCCCGGACCAUGGGGUCACAGAGACCCAGUUGGUCCAAUUAUUCUAUCGUGCCAUGUCAGAGCCCUUGAGAGGGCACUUCUUCGACAAGACCCAGCAGCCCAACAUCACGUACGAUGAGUUGAGUAGGGAAGUGGUCUUGUUUGAGGCCAAGUCCAUGCCAGUUUCCACUUUCUGGCACAAGGACUUAGACAAGGGCAAAAAGUGGAAAGGCCGUACCAUCUCAGGCCAGGUCAGGGCCAAGGAUCAUUUGAUCCUCACUUUAGAUGAAGGUGGUACUGACGAGGUCCCAUACAGUCAGAUUGAGUGGGGCCUCGAGGAGGAGGAUAGUAGCGUAGGUUAGGGGAGGUCCUAUGUAGCUGUCGCGGCUGGAGGGAGGCCGCAAGGUAGAGGAGGAGGCCAGGGCCAAAGGGGCCAGG